AUGAAAAGAACACCUCCACGUAAGAAGAACGACUCCGUGGAUGCCGACAAAUUAGCUUCGAAGAAGUUGACGAUCCCGGGCAUGAGCGAAGUGCUUAUGAUCAAGACCAUCAAGCGGAUGAGCGUUGUCGUAUUGAUCAAUGUCGUGGAGCAGUUGCUGUCUCUCCGGACUUUCUUUCCAGAAGCGCGCAAAAUCAUCUGA